GCGCGGGCCCGGCGCGGCCAUGGCGGCGGACGAGCUGUACCUGGAGAACAUCGACGAGUUCGUCACCGACCACAACCGCGUCGUGACCUACAAAUGGCUGAGCUACACACUGGGCGUCCACGUGAACCAGGCCAAACAGAUGCUCUACGAUUACGUGGAGAGGAAGCGCGGGGAGAACUCGGGGGCUCAGCUGCACGUCACCUACCUGGUGGCAGGGAACCUCCUCCAGAAUGGACACGUUUGCCACAAGGUCGCAGUAGUGAGGGAGGAUGAACUGGAAGCAAUGAAGUCCAAGCUGUCCACAAUUGCAAGUGUGCACGUGUACAGCAUCCAGAAGGCCCUGCUCAAGGACAGCUCCCCCCUCUACAACACCGACUACGACAUCGUCAAAGCAAACCUGCAGCACUGCAGCAAGUUCAGCGCCAUCCAGUGCGCCGCCGCCAUGCCCAGGACGCCGCCCGAGGCCCCGCGAGCGCCGGCGCCCGCGCAGAGCCCCCCGAGGCACAGGGACCCCGAUGGCACCAGCACCCUCAAUGGCCACGGGCCCCGGGCUGCCAGGCCCCCUCCCCAGCAGCAGAAGGGCAUCAUGGGCAUGUUUGCAGCCAAAGCAGCGGCCAAGGCCCAGGACACAGCCAGGGAGGCCAAGGCGGAGGCCAAGGAGGCCCCAGGUGUGUCUGCAGCAAGCAGCAAGCCACUAACCAAGAACAGCAUCAUGAAUAACUUCUUUGGAAAAGCUGCUAUGAAUAAACUCAAAGCCAACUCUGUGCCUGAGCAGCCAAAGGAGGAGAAAGAAGCCGUGAAGCCUUCAGCUGCUGUAGCAGAACCAGAGUCGUCUCCUAAUAGUGUAGCGGAGAACCCUGGGAAGAAAACAGAGUCUGCUAGAAUUCAGCAAAAGGACAAGAAAAGUAAAAUGAAGAGAGCAGAUAGGUCGGAUGACGAGGAGGAAAGGGAUCCUGAAAAUGUCAAGAAAAAGAGGAAACGAAUCAAACAACUUGUAUCUGACAGCAGUGAUGAGGAAGAUGUCCCACCCUCUCCCACACCCGAGGAAGAGAGAGCUCCAUCUCCACCCCCUGAAGCUGUCCUGAAAAUGGAGCUGGAGCCUGCAUCCACAGAGGUGUCAGCUGGAGGGAGGAAGAGGAAGAGGAGGCGCGUGCUGAAAUCCAAGAUGUUUAUAGAUGAAGAGGAAGGCUGCAUGGUGACUGAGAAGGUUUACGAGAGCGAGUCCUGCACGGACAGCGAGGAUGAAUUCCCCAAGCCCAAGGCACCGGCUCCACAGAAACAGCCCAUGCUGCCCACCAAGAGGGAGCCAAAGGAGGAAAGGAAGAACCCAAAGAAAGGGGCAGCUCCUGCCAGCAGAGCCAACAAGCAGGUCUCCAUCACGGGCUUUUUCCAGAAGAAAUGAACUGGCUCUGGCUCCUCUUGGCAGCUUGGGAGUGUUGCUCCUGUUUUCGUGUGGCUCUCUGCAAGCUGCUGCUGCUUGUGGGGCCAACAUGCAAGCCCUGGUUAUGCAAGGUGCCCUGCUUACUGUGUAAGGAAGCCCUCUGGACUAGAUUUUGUAUCAGAGAAAAGUCUUUAUUUGUUACUGCAAUCAUUUCAGUCAUCCUCACUAGGCAGUGUGGGAACUGCCAGCUAGAGGCAACAUCCAGAGGAACUCUUGAAAGGCUGUUGAACCUGUUCACAUGAAAUUGUAUUUUUUUAAUCACCCCUUUGGUGCUAAUCAGGAGGGGAGGUGUGGUGUUUUCCUCCCCUCUUUGUACACCCCCAGCUCUUCAGAUUGGUCCAGAUGUUCACAUUGGGUGGCAGCAGCAAUGUAGCAGGUCAGACACAAUAUUGAACAUAUGCUUCAGCUUUAACUGAAUGAAAUCUUCAUUUUCCCGCUAAGACUGGUAAAUAGUUUUUGCUCUGCCUUUCAUAAUCUUUUUUUUGGACAAAGCAGUGCAUAUAAAAUUCUUACUCUCUUCUUCCUUGAACUUGUAUCCUAUGUAGCUUGCUCAGAUGCCUAAUUAUAGACUGGGACACUGUUGGUGUUCUGUCUUUACAAAAACAUCCUUGAGGCUUCCCACCCAAUUGGCUCUGGAGUAAUUGGGGGAAGGCUUUGCUGUUAUUGGGAAAGAACUGAUCUUCAGCCUUGGAGGUCAAUGAGCCAGAGGGAAGGAUGAUGAGAGGGCACUGCUGAUAACACCAGGCAGGUACCAGGGAGCAGCAUCAGCUGCAUUGCAGGGUUUGGGGUUGCCUGAAGGGUUAUUUUACAGGCGUGAACCAGACAAGAGAAGAGAUUUUCCUUGGACAUCUCAUCACCUGCCUGCUGAAGGAAGAGUGCCACGGCACAUGGUCCUGAGGAACCUGUUGUGGGAGAGAAAUAAAGCACAGCAAUCCUGUUAACCACAAGGAGCUCUUGGUCUGGGCCUCCUGCUUGGCUGGUGCUGGGGCUGACAGACAGAUGGCAAAGCCUUUCCAGAGGGUGAUGCUGAGCCCUCCUGAGGCUUGGGCUGCCGAGUGCUCCCAGGCAGGGGCUGGUGGGGAGGAGCUGCUGCACCCCAGCAAACUCUGUGCUGUGGCUGGGCCGGAGAAUGAUCAGCCUUAUUCUGGUUUAAUGAAAGAGUUUAACUGUGGAGAGCAAAACCCACCCUGGCACAGGGGUUCUGUUGUUUUUGGUAGAGUUGAGGGGGUAUUUUUAAAUGCAAUGAGAGCAAAUACCAUUGAAAACAGUUUUGGUUUGUUUUGGGGUUUUUUUAAUUUGUCCUUAUUCAUUAAAUAAUGUGUCAAAUUCUGA